AUGGCCGGGGCAGCUGCCUAUGCUGGCAGUGCCCCAGGGCUUGUUCCCCUGUGUUUCUGGCUGCAAAAGCUGCUUCCCCAGCAGCAACCACCUGUGGGUGCAGAUGUCUGCCCUGCUGAGGCAGGGGAUGAGGCUUGGCUCCUUCUCCAGUGCAGGCUGGUGGUCUACGUGCUGCUGGGGUUGGGGUCCCUGCUGGUGGGGGGGCUGCCCCCACCCUGCCCCCCCGCCUGCCAGUGCUACGACACUUCCAAAGUCUUCUGCUCGGAGGAGAGGAUGCAGGAGAUCCCGGCAGGCCUGCCAGGGAACGCCACCCAGCUCUUCUUCGUGGAGACGGCCCUGAGCAGCAUCCGCUGCGGCGCCCUGGGCUCCAGCACCAUCCUCACCAAGCUGGUCUUCCUCAACAAUGACAUCCAGGAGCUGGAGGCCGGCGCCUUUUGGGGGCUGCCCAACCUCACAGAGCUGGAGGUGUCGGGCAACCCCUUGCCAGCUGUCAGCCCUGGGGUGCUGGUGGGGCUGCCCAGCCUCAGCAAGCUCUCCCUGGGUGCCAACACCAUCCGCUCCCUGCAGCCAGGGCUCUUCGCCGCUGUCUCCCGCCUGCAGGACCUGCGCUUGCCAGGGAACAAAAUCGAGGCGCUGCACCCCGGCAUCUUCCGCCCGCUCCGGCGCCUCCAGACCCUGGACCUCUCACAGAAUGCUCUGGCAGAGCUGCCAGCUGGGCUGCUGGCCCCCCUUGCCGCCCUCCGCCUCCUCAAGCUCAGCGACAACCUCCUGGUGCGGGUGCUCCCCGGCGCUUUCGGGGCGCUGGGCCAGCUGGCCGAGCUCCACCUGGACGGUAACCGGCUGGAAGAGCUGCCGGCUGGUGCCUUCGCUGGGCUGGGGGAGCUGCGGCGGCUGCAGCUGCAGCACAAUGCCCUGGGCAGCCUGGCCCCCGACAUCUUCGCCAGUCUCCCCAACCUUACCAUCCUCAGCCUGGAGGGCAACCGCCUGGCCACCCUGCCUGCCGCCCUUCUUGCCGGCACCCCUCACCUCCUCCACCUCUCGCUGGCCGGCAACCAGCUGGAGACACUGCCCCAGGGACUGUUCGCCAACCUGUCAGCGCUGCAGACCCUGGCGCUCUCGCACAACGCCAUGGACCAUCUCCCCCCUGGGGUUUUCCAGGGCCUGGCGGGGCUGGCAGCACUGCAGCUGAGCCACAACAACCUCUCCAGCCUGCCGGCUGGGCUGCUGGCCGGCCUGCCCCUCCUGGCCUCCCUGGUGCUGGACCACAACCGCCUGGCCCGCCUGCCCCCCGGGCUCUUCGAUGCCAAUGACCAGCUGGCACGUGUGGGGCUGACCCACAACCCCUGGGCCUGCGACUGCCACCUGGCCUAUCUCCUGGGCUGGCUGCAGGGCUUCGCUGAACCCCUCACCCAUGCACAAGCCUCCUGUGCCAGUCCGGCCGCCCUCCGGGGACGGUCCCUGCUGGAGGUCCCCCAGGGGCAGCUGAAGUGCCUGGGAGAGCCCAGCAUCCCCCCGGAGGAGGGCUGGGACAGGGUGCCAGGGGAGGAUGCUCCAGGGCAGUGCACCUACAGCAAUCCUGAGGGCACUGUACAUGCGGCCUGCGAUGCCACAAGCUGCCAGCAGCUCAGCCUUCGCCUCCCUCCUCCUUCUCCUCCUCCCAGGCAGGCAGUGGGGCCAGGGCCAGCGUACCAGGGCGCCUGGGUGCUGCGCUCCCACUGUGGCACGCUGCAGGUCAGCGUCCUCAUCACAGCGCAGGGUGGGGAUGAGGCCACAUCACCACGUCUUCCCCCUGAGCCCUAG